AUGGCCGAGGAUGGGCCGUCGUCCUCGCCCUCGCCGUCGGGGCCGCUCGGCCCCUUCCUCUUCAGGAAGUUGGGCCGCCCGCCGCCGUCGGGCCGCCGCCGGAGACGCCGGGCCGGGGAGGAGCGGCCCGACGGCGGCAGCAGCAGCAGCAGCAGCAGCAGCAGCAGCGACGAGGGCCCGGCCGUGGUGCGGCCGGACAAGAAGCGGGCCGCCCCCAACCCCAUGGUCCAGAAGAGCGGCGGGCGCGGCGGGAGCGGCGGGCGCGGCGGGCGCGGCGGGGGCCGCGACGACCAAGGCCGCGCCCCGGGCCUGGCCGUGCUCUACCCGUCCAGCCGUUCGGCCAAGCCGGCCGGGCCCGAGGACAUGGGCGCCACGGCCGGCCGCGAGGCGGACGCGGCCCGCCCGGCCCGGCCCCGGGGCCGCAGGGGGCCCCUGCGCGCCCCCGAGCACCUGCGCGCCACCGUGCGCUGGGACUACCAGCCCGACGUGUGCAAGGACUACAAGGAGACCGGCUUCUGCGGCUUCGGCGACAGCUGCAAGUUCCUGCACGACCGCUCCGACUACAAGCCGGGCUGGCAGAUCGAGCGCGAGGUGCGCGAGGGCCGCUACGGCGCCCCCGACGCCGCCGCCUACGAGCUGGGCCGCGACGCCGCCGCGCCCGGCCGCCAUUCCCGCCGCUGCCGCCUGUGCUGCCUGCCCUUCCGCAGCCCCGUGGCCGCCCCGUGCGGCCACUGCUUCUGCGGGGCCUGCGCCCUGCGCCACCACCGCACCUCCCCGGGCUGCCCCGUGUGCGGGCGCCCCACCCACGGCGUCUUCAACCGCGCCCGGGGCCUCGGGGCCGACCACGAGGAGCCCCCCGACGGCGCCACCCCCAGGCCCCGGGGAGCUCCGGCUUACGAGGGCACUAAGACUGCGGGGACGCGCUGUGCGCGGACGCUGAGCCGCGGCACGCGUAUGUACAGUGUGUGGAUACGCACACGGGGACCCGAGAGUCUUAGCAUCAGGGACGUGGUUACUGGUGCUGCUGCUGCUGCUGGUAUUGCUGGUGCUAUCAGUGGUGUUAUUGCUGCUGCUGCUGCUUUUCAUGGUGGUGGUGUUACCCUGCUGGUGUUGUUGGUGUGUAACAACUUGCAGAACAUUCACCUCCCCUCUUCCAUCAGUCUAAGCAAGUCUGAACGGUGUUAA